AUGGACCCACAUAACCCAAUUGUCCUUGAUCAGGGUACUGGUUUUGUCAAGAUUGGACGUGCUGGUGAGAAUUUCCCAGAUUACACGUUUCCUUCUAUUGUUGGUAGGCCGAUCUUGAGAGCGGAAGAGCGUGCCAGCGUUGCUACCCCAUUAAAGGAUAUCAUGAUUGGUGAUGAGGCAAGUGAUGUUCGUUCCUAUCUGCAGAUAUCUUAUCCUAUGGAGAAUGGUAUCAUUAAAAACUGGACAGACAUGGAACUGCUUUGGGAUUACGCAUUUUUCGAACAAAUGAAACUACCAUCCACUUCUAACGGUAAGAUUCUACUAACGGAGCCCCCAAUGAAUCCGCUGAAAAACAGAGAGAAAAUGUGCGAGGUCAUGUUUGAAAAAUACGAUUUUGGCGGUGUUUACGUUGCCAUUCAAGCCGUCUUGGCAUUAUAUGCGCAAGGUUUGUCUUCAGGAGUUGUCGUUGAUUCCGGUGACGGUGUCACUCACAUAGUUCCGGUGUACGAAUCUGUUGUUUUGAGUCACUUGACAAGAAGAUUGGACGUUGCAGGUAGAGAUGUUACUAGACAUUUGAUUGACUUGCUUUCUCGUCGCGGUUAUGCAUUCAACAGGACCGCAGAUUUUGAAACAGUUCGCCAAAUAAAGGAAAAAUUAUGUUACGUUUCGUAUGACUUAGACUUGGAUACAAAACUGGCUAGGGAAACAACUGUCCUUGUGGAAUCGUACGAGCUACCAGAUGGUAGGACAAUCAAAGUGGGACAAGAAAGAUUUGAAGCUCCAGAAUGUUUAUUCCAGCCCGGUUUGGUCGAUGUUGAGCAACCUGGUGUAGGAGAAUUAUUAUUCAACACCGUUCAAUCAGCCGAUGUUGAUAUUAGAAGUUCUUUAUAUAGAGCCAUUGUUCUCUCAGGUGGUUCAAGUAUGUACCCAGGUCUCCCUUCAAGAUUAGAAAAGGAAUUAAAACAAUUAUGGUUUAAUAGAGUCUUACACAAUGAUCCUUCAAGACUUGAUAAAUUUAAGGUUAGAAUCGAGGACCCCCCAAGGAGAAAGCAUAUGGUUUUCAUUGGUGGUGCCGUCUUGGCUAGUAUCAUGGCUGAUAAGGACCAUAUGUGGUUGUCCAAGCAAGAGUGGCAAGAGAGUGGACCGGCUGCAAUGACUAAAUUCGGUCCAAGAUAG